AGUAAAAGAAAGAAAGAAAAACCACACCCUAAGCCUAAAAUAACAAACCCAAAACCUCUGUUCAAUACAAUUGACAAGGCUUCUCCCUCAUUUCUGUCCUCUCUUCUCUUGAGCCUCUAGUGAGAAACCCACCAUGAACGCUCCCGACCGAUACGAGCGAUUCGUCGUCCCUGAAGGCACCAAGAAGGUCUCGUACGAGAGGGACACUAAAAUCAUCAAUGCGGCGUCGUUUACCAUCGAGAGAGAGGAUCACACCAUUGGCAACAUCCUCCGCAUGCAAUUGCACAGGGAUGAAAAUGUACUUUUCGCCGGUUACAAGCUUCCUCACCCGCUUCAGUAUAAGAUCAUUGUCAGGAUUCACACAACUAGCCAGUCUUCACCAAUGCAAGCAUACAACCAGGCUAUCAAUGAUCUAGACAAAGAACUUGAUUACCUCAAGAAUGCUUUUGAAGCUGAGAUGGCAAGGGAACCGAGAGAGUAUUAAAAUGCGUAGACAAGGACACUCGUGAAAGCUGUAUUUCUUGACUGUGCACAUCCAUAUAACUGUCUUAGAGAGUUGUUAGUCAAAUGGAAAUUUUGUUAGUCAACUGAGUGUCUGUGGCACUUUAUCAUCUAAUGUUGCGCAUGUAAUGGACUUGGAGACUUUUUUUUUGCGUAUGUAUGUACGUGUCUAUUGUCCAAAAGAAAGUUAAACCUCUGGAAUAUGAGGCAUGGGAUAUUGGGAUUUGUUAUAAUACUUGUGAUGAAAUGGCAUGAGGCCAUAUUUAGCCUCACUGA